GCUUACAUUGGCGACGAUCAUCCGACCGAGUUACCCCUCCGCCUAGACACCGUGGCGUUGACGUUUAACGACACAGAACAUUACAGCAUAUCUGGGUUCAUGGCCUGGUUGGAGUGGGAUUCACUUGACCGAUUUCCACGAGGCCACGGAUUUGUGCGCCUGGGACCAAACGGGCGAGUGUUUGGUGUCACGAUGUUUCACCAGCUACAUUGUCUGCAAAUAAUCCGAGAAGCCCUCAUUAACGGGCCCGAUGACCAUAGUGGUCAUUGCCUCAACUUCUUGCGGCAGGCCAUUCUUUGCAAUUCUGAUAUUACCCUCGACCCACUCAACAUCGACUCCGAUGGCACGUUGGUGGGCACAGACGGCUUGGGUGUGACGCAUGUGUGCCAGGAUUGGACACAGGUUUAUGCGUACGUCAUGGAGAACCAGGAGGGCCCUUUGUGGGAUUAA